AUGGCUUCGGGUGAAUCAAAGUUCGGUUCAGUGGCCCAACGAACUUUCCGCGAAAGAUUGUCCCGAGAAAUUCUAGAAGUAUUUGAUCAAUCCUUCAAGAAGUUCACUGAUGUUCAAGUAAGUUUAUUAUUCGUUUAUUGCCCUCGAAACACUGUUUAUUGCUUAACGAAAACAUACAUGUACAAGUAUUUAUUCACUUUUUUGUUUCCAAGGAAACUGAAAGGGGUUGGCCGGCCGAGGCUCACCCCAAUCUCUGUUUACUUGUAUUUCGUGCUCUUUUAUUUUAACUUUGAAAACUUUCGCCAGUAUAACUGUGCAGAUGACGCUGGCUAUGACGACGAAAAAGGCGAAAACGUAGAAAGUUUCCUGAAAACGAAAUAAAUUUUUUUUUCAAAAAUUUAGUUAUCCACCUCAUCAAACAGAUCGUUGAAUGAAGGAAUGGAAUCAUUGACGUUGUUGAGCAUGUCCAAGAUCCACUUAGUUUUUCCUUUCGGCCUGCUUCCUUGGUAGUAGUAAUCGCCCCAGUUGUGACUGUUUUUCGCCUUAUUGUUCAUUUGCUGUAAAAAAGUAGAAGUUCUAUAAAGGUUUAUAAAGAAAAAAGAGUUAAGAGAAAAAAAUUUUCGCGCUAGCGCAAAAUAUCGAUCGGUUGAGCUCCUAUUCCUCCUCUUGAAGCUCAGUAGCCGAGGAGCGCAUAAGAUCAUCCUCGCUUAAGCAGGAUGGCUUUAUUUAAAAAAAUUAGAAAAAUGCAAUGAAAAAUAAGAGAAGUUUUUUUUAAGGUUUUGUCAGGAACCCAUCUUUUGAACCAUUCCGAUGUUGUUGUGGAGUCUCCAACUGGAUCUGGCAAAACUUUGUCUUUUCUUCUUCCUCUUUUCACUAUAUUGCAGAAAAAGAAGGUUAACUCAGUUCUACAUUUUUCUUCAUGUUUUAUAUGAUUUAGUUGCAAAAGAAUGAAAUCGGAGCAUUGAUACUGUCGCCUUCGCGAGAGUUGGCUACUCAAAUUUCAAAGGUUUUUGAAUUUUGUCAGAUUUGAUACAAGUAAUUCAAUAGGUUGCACUCCCAUAUGCGGAAAAAUUGGGAUUGACAGUGAGGACAUCGACCGGAGGAAAUAAAAUAGAAAAAGAUUUGAAGAAUUUCAAGGAAGGAAGGUAUUUUUGUUGUUUUUUUUUGUUUCUGAUGGAAACUUUCCAGCGCGAAUAUUUUGAUCGCAACUCCCGGCCGUUUGUACAGCAUGCUUGAAGCAGAACGAGCGCACCUUGUAAGGUUAUUUUUCAGCUCAUUUCAUCUCUCAGGAUUUAUAUUUUUAGAUGUUUCCGGAGCUUGGAAGUUCUGAUAGUUGACGAAGCCGACCGGUUCUCCGAAUCGCAGUUUGAAGUCGCGUUAGUGAUUUCCAUCUUGAUUUCCUUUCGGUAAAUAGUUAUUCAUUUCAGUUUGAAAGACAUUCUGGCAUCUUUACCCAAACAAAGGAGAACGGGCCUUUUUUCGGCCACUCAGACUAAACAAUACGACGAAAUGGCUUCUUUUGGCCUGAGAAACGCCAAAAAAGUGAAAGUUACACAUUCAGAGGAAACUGUAGUUCCUUCUUCUCUCAACAACUUUUAUACGGUCUGAAAUUUGAUUAGAAAAAAUUGAAUAUCGGCUGAUUUUCAGUCAUGUGAAACGAGUGAGAAAACGCUCCGUUGCUUGGAAUUUAUCCGUCAGAGACCCGAUAAGAAGUUUUUGAUUUUUUACCCUUCAUGUAGCGCUGUCCAGUACUUUCAUCAGGUUUGACAAAACAUUACUAUCAAUAUUCUAUUUCACUCUCUGAUCACAGAUAUUCACGAGAUGUCUCACAAAAAGACCGCUUUUCCGAGUUUUCGGGAAAGGUCUGAAUGUUUCACAGAGAGCAACUCAAAUUCAGAAGGUGCGAUAAAAAUCUUAUUCAUAUGAAAAAAAGUAUUCUUCAGUUCUCUGAAAGUUCAAAUGGCGUGAUGUUGUCCACGGACGUUAUGGCCCGAGGAAUCGAUAUUUCUGACAUUGAUUGGGUCAUUCAAUUCGAGCUGCCCAAGCUAUCAAGGUUUUAAAAACUAUUUAUUGUUGGAUAUUUAACAUUAUAUUUUUUAGCCAUUAACCAUGAUCUCGGGCAAAACUGAAAAGCUCCCCAAAAGCUUUUCUCAAAAAAGACCUUGCAAAGGGUCCCCAGCAGAUCUUUUUUACAUCAUUUCAAUUCUUUUUUGCGUCUUUUUCACAUCCUCUGACAAAAAGGAUGCUGGAAAGCAACUAAAAAGAUCCGAGAGGAUUCAAAAAGGAUCCUCUGAGGCUAUGAAAAAGGUGCUCAAAAGCUUUUUUACAUUUUAGGAGCUUUUAGAGGAAGCUUUUUAUCUCCCUCUCAGGAUCCUUUGAGGAUCCUCAAAGGAACUUUUCAGUUUUACCUAUGGAUUGUACUUGGAUAAUCUGACGGAUUAUUUAUAAAAAUAACACUUUUUAAAUUCUUUGAUAUGUUCUUUAUGCGGUCCUUCUAGGCGAACGAUGUUACACGAGUGGACUAUUAUGGGUCUAAUAAUAUUCCGUGAAAAUUUUUUGUGGUUAAAAGGCAAUUUCGCGGAAGGAUAGUAUAGGUAAACUUAAGCUCGUUAGGUUAUGAACACCUAUUUGAAUUUUUUUUUCAAGACUGACCGAUUAUAGAAAUUUUUAUCUUGUUUUGUUGUAUCUUAACAAUACUCCAAGUUCAGUUGGUUCAUUCAUCGCGCGGGAAGAACUGCCCGAUGCGGAAGAGAGGGAAAUGCACUGAUUAUCAUUGGAACCGAACAGUUGGCCUAUGUGAACUUUGUCAGUCAGCAUGAGAAGGUAGCUUUUCUUCAUUUUUGAAAUUUUGCAAAUUCAGCCAAACACGUUUUUCUCCCUUGGUUGAAAGUUUUUUUCGUGUCGAUUUGGCGCGUAGUAGUUCAUUCGAAGGGUCCGAGGACUAUUCAGUAUGGAAAAGUUUGACAAAACUUCUUCUAUCGUUUAGGUGGCGCUGAAAGAGAUCAGCGUGCCAACAAGUAGCGCACGAAAAGCGGAAGAACUUCGGCAGAAAAUGAUCAAAAUCCAGUGUUCUGACAGGUUUUUUUUUAAAUCUUUCGGAUCUUUUCCAUGAAAAUUCAUAAAAAAUUUUUUACUUGAUCUGAAAGAAUUUAUUCUUAUUCAGAGCUAUUCUGGAAGCUGGAACUCGAGCGUUUGUGAGCCAUAUUGAAGCCUACGUCAAGCACGAUUGCAAUAUUGUAUGUUCUUUUGGACGGUUGGUUUUUGAAGGACUUAAAAAAACUUUUAUUAGGUUUUUUUUAUAGAUUUGGAUGUGGUUGGCCUUGCGAAUUCCUACGGCCUGCUGAGACUACCUAAGAUGCGCGAACUUGCCCAGAGGAAGGACUUGGAGAAGUAACUUGAUAUAUUUUUUCUUUAAAGUAUCGAUAAUAGUUUCUAAACUAAUGUUUUAGAUUUGACCGAAGUUCUAUUGAAACGUCGACGAUCAAGUAUGCCGAUCCUAAACUUGAAGCUGGACGAGAAUCGGUGCGUUUUCAGAAGUUAAAUUUUAAGAUUUUCAUAAAGAUAUAUUUUUAAAAAAAAGUUUUCUUCAUUGAUUGGACAGUAGUAAGAUCUUAUUCUUGUUAGAGUAAGAAGUAUUGGAUUCUCAGUCAAUGAGAAGUUUUGUGAAAGAGAAUAUGAACAAAACGACAUUAUAAAAGGUAAGUUCUGUCUUUUUAUUUUAAAAUUUUCGGUCCAAAAUCUGCAUUUGAGGAAGUCGCUUCUGGAAAAUCGUGCUCCAUGAUAUUUAAAAAAAAAUACCGUGUGAUUUUAGGCAAUGGAGGAGAAGCACGAGAGAAAAGUUUCGGUCCUUGCGGAGAAAGCGAAAAAAGAGAAGCUGAAGUUGGCGAAAAAGAACAAGCACAAAGAACAGACGAAGGCCCCCAAAAGAAAGGCCGACGACUCCGGCGACGACAUCCACAGCGACAUCCGUCUUAUGAAGAAGAUCAAAAAAGGUAAACUGUCCAAGCAGGAGAUCAAGAAUGUCUUGAACUAA